AUGGGUAUCCCGGCUGGUGAUCUUGAAAAAGGAAAAAAGUUGUUUGUGCAACGCUGUGCGCAGUGCCAUACUGUAGACAAAGGUGGUGUAAACAAGACCGGACCGAAUCUGCAUGGUAUUUUUGGCCGAAAGACCGGACAAACUCCCGGGUUCGAUUAUACUCCUGCCAAUAAAUCUAAAGCUGAAUCUCUACAAAUGGACUACUAA